UUCUCUCAUUUUCAUAUUAACAAAAAUAUUUAUUUUCCUACUCUCGUUGCCUCCAUCGAAAUGGCUCGAUUGGCACGGGAAACAUUUUUCAUAUUUCUCAUUUGUUUUAUGUGUCUUGAAUCUUAUGCCCAUGUAAGAGAACUGACUUCACCACCAGAAGUACUGAUGGAUACAAUUUAUGGAAGCUAUAAAAGUGGACCUAGUGAUCGAGGAAAAGGUCACGAUGUACCACCACCACCAAAAGUACCGAUGGAUACAAUCUAUAGAAGCUAUAAAAGUGGACCUAGCGACCGAGGAAGAGGUCACGAUGUACCGCCACCACCAAAAGUAUUGAUGGAUACUAUCUAUGGAAGUUACAAAAGUGGACCUAGUGAUCGAGGAAAAGGUCAUGAUGUACCACCACCACCAAAAGUAUCGAUGGAUACAAUCUAUGGAAGCUAUAAAAGUGGACCUAGCGACCGAGGAAGAGGUCACGAUGUACCGCCACCACCAAAUGUAUUGAUGGAUACAAUCUAUAGAAGUUACAAAAGUGGACCUGAUGUUCGAGGAAGAGGUCGCGAUGUACCGUCACCACCAAAAAUACCGAUCGAUACAAUAUAUAGAAGCUAUAAAAGUGGACCUGAUGAUGGAGGAAGAGGUCAUGAUGUACCACCACCACCGAAAACAUCUAUGAAUAUAAUCUAAAAAGGCUAUAAAAGUGAAUAUGAAGAUUAAGGGAAAGGUCAUGGUUCAGUGUCGUUUCCCGGUUCAUCAAGAAAAAAAGAUGGCAUGGCUAGUGUUGGGUUUAUAUAAGUUAUAUGUAUAAUAUAAUGAUAACCAAAACCAAACUGUA